AUGGCAUCAAACACAAUCGUUGGAGCACUAUUUCAAGAAGUAACUUCUCAGGUACGGCGUGUGAUCAAAAAGAAAAAUCUUCCGAUUCCGCCAAAGAUUGAUGAAGACGGUGAAAUCAUAGUAUCAUCUGAUCCUCUUGAUUUAGAUGAAUACACCGAAGAACAAGCAGUUGUUAUCCAAGAUAUCGACAAGAUGUCAUAUGACGAACUCAGAGGUGAUCUAAUUGCGUUUGAGAAAACACAUUUAGACAGGAAAGUCCAGCAAGAAAAAAGGCAGGCAGUUGCAUUCAAAGCAACCGUAGCUGAAUCAGAAAAUGAAGAAGAAGAAGAAGAAAAAGGAGGAGAACAAGAUGAAAAUAUAAUCAUGCUCUCUAAAGUUAAGAAGAAAUCCUUUGGAGCAUGGAGUGAUGAAGAAGAAUCCGAUCAUAAGAAAAUUGCCAACAUGUUCUUCAUGGCCAUCAAAGAAGAUUCAGGCGAGCUUAGUCUCAUGGCAGACGAAGGAUCAAGUGAGGUACGUCUUCCUACAUGUCCUAAUUGUAAUGAACUUCAAGAAUUUAUUGAUAUUGCAGACAUUGAGAAAGUUCUAAAUGAGCCUCGAAAGAUCCAAAGAGAAAAUAAAGACUGGGCACUGAAAUUAGAAAUCAGUCAGCUCCUCGUAAUUUCACAUCUAAAACAAGAAAUCGCUCUGCAUGCACUCAUUGUGGCAACACUUCGAACAGUUGCAGGUUUAGAAAUAGAGGAGAAAAAGUCUCUGAAAAUUUCAAUAACCCUUCCUGCUUUUAUUGUGGAAAACCUGGCCAUACAUCUAACUAUUGCAGAAAACCUUGAUAAGUUUGAUCCAAAAAGCGAUGAAGAUAUUUUUCCUGGAUACUCUCCCUCCAGUAGAGCAUAUAGAGUUUUUAAUAAAUGUACUUUAUCUGUUGAAGAAGCUAUACAUGUUGUAUUUGUGGACACUAACCCUCGCUCAAGGAAUGAAAAACUUCCUGAAGAUGAGGAAAUUUUCAUAGUUCCAAAGUCUUUCAAUACAGAGCCAGUAUCAGUUGUUCCAAAUGAAUGGAAAAGUGAGCCUGGAUACCCACAUAAGUACAUCAUUGGAAAUUCUCAGGAAGGCAUGAAAACAAGAAGAUCGCUAAAGCAGACGUCAAAUAUUGCGCUCAUAUCUCAAUUCGAACCAAAAAAGGUAGAUGAGGUCCUUGGGAACGAAAGAUGGAUAACUACAAUGAAGGAAGAGCUUGAUCAGUUUGAGAAGAAUAAAGUAUGGGAACUCAUCCCUAAACCUCCAAAUGCAUCCAUUGUUGGAACAAAAUGGGUAUACAGAAAUAAGCUGAACGAGCGUGGACAAGUUGUACGAAAUAAAGCUGGACUGGUUGCUCAAGGUUAUUUGCAGCAAAAAGGAAUUGAUUACGAGAAAACUUUUGCUCCUGUUGCCAAGUUAGUAUCUAUUCGUAUCUUAUUAUCUUAUGCUGAUCACAAAUGUUUUAGACUAUUUCAGAUGGAUGUAAAAAACGUAUUCUUAAAUGGUUUCAUCUCUGAGGAAGUGUUCGUUAAGAAACCUCCAGGUUUUGUAAAUGAAUUCUUUCCAAAUCAUGUCUACAAAUUAUCCAAAUUCCUUUACGGGCUAAAGCAAGCUCUAGAACUUUGUAUGAAAGGUUAA